UUGAAGAAGGAAUCAUGAGAGCCAAGAGAUCAUGAGAGCAGUUUCAUUUCAGUCGGUGCAACUGGGGUAGACUAUAUUGAUUUCGAACGGAACUUCCAUUGAAAUGGAAUAAACGUUUACUCCGGCCACGGAAGAUAUAACUGCUGCUAUAUUGUUCUGAAAUUGAUACAAAUCUAGCGGCUCCAAAGGUGAAUACAAAGGAGUGUCAAAACUGCCAGCAGCCAUUCUCUCCACAUCUCUCUUCACACCCAGUUGGAGGAUGAAGGCUGUGGUGUUGCUGGUAUUCCUCUGGACCGGUUCAGGGGCCACACGCUUUGGGUGGGGUACCACAGAACCAAGCCCCAGCCAGGUACAAGCCAGCCAGGGGGCUGAGUGGGUAAUCCCAGCAGCAAACCGAUCUUCUCCCCAGACCCCUCCAGCCAGAUCUGUGCCUCCACCGGCUCCCUUCCUACCAAUGUGCAGCAAGCCUACAGAGAUCAUGCAGGCCUUCAAGUACAUCAACACGGUGGUGUCCUGCUUGAUCUUCGUGGUGGGCAUCAUUGGUAACUCUACCCUGCUGCGCAUCAUCUAUAAGAACAAGUGCAUGAGGAACAGUCCCAACGUGCUGAUAGCCAGCCUGGCUCUAGGGGACCUGCUGUACAUCCUUAUUGCCAUCCCCAUCAACGUCUACAAGCUGUUGGCACAGGACUGGCCGUUUGGAGUAUACAUCUGCAAACUGAUGCCCUUCAUCCAGAAGGCCUCUGUGGGCAUCACAGUGCUCAGCUUGUGUGCCCUCAGCAUCGACCGGUAUCGUGCGGUGACAUCCUGGAGCCGGGUGAAAGGCAUCGGUAUCUCCCUGUGGAAGUCUGUAGAAGUGACCGUGAUCUGGGCUCUGGCUGUGGCUCUGGCUGUACCCGAGGCCCUGGCUUUCGACAUGAUGGAGAUGCCCUACCAUGGGAGCAAGCUGCGUAUCUGUCUGCUGCACCCCCAUCAGAGCACUGCCUUUAUGAAGUUUUAUCAGGACGUGAAGGACUGGUGGCUGUUCGGGUUCUAUUUCUGCCUGCCCCUGGCAUGCACGGGUGUCUUCUACAGCCUGAUGUCCUGUAGGAUGCUGAGCCACACUAAAGGGAUGCGCAUUGCCCUCCAUGACCACAUGAAGCAGCGCAGAGAGGUGGCCAAAAGUGUGUUUUGCCUGGUGGUGAUCUUUGCCCUAUGCUGGCUGCCCCUUCACCUCAGUCGCAUCCUGAAGAAGACCAUAUAUGACCAGAAUGACCCCAACCGAUGUGAACUACUCAGUUUUCUACUGGUGAUGGAUUACAUUGGCAUCAACUUGGCCUCCCUCAACUCCUGCAUCAAUCCUGUGGCACUCUACUUUGUUAGCAAGAAAUUCAAGAAUUGUUUCCAGUCCUGCUUGUGCUGCUGGUGUCAAAGCCCUAUGCGGAACAUCAUUAAUGCUGAUGAGAGGACUUCUGGGAUCUGCUGGAAAGGCUACUGCCAUGAGAACAUCCUGGACCACACAAGCUCACACUCCAGCCAGAAGUACAGCUCUUCCUAAGCCAGAUACUUCUGAGUGCUGGAGGGGCUGGCAGACACAUUGCUAAGCUCACGCAUAACACAGCCGUGCCUUUCCGCAAUCCCACAAUCAGCAAUGUGGACAGGCUGGUGAACACAGACAUUUUCAGGGCUAAUGCAAGCUCUCGCUGUGAGGAAACACAACUCGGCACAGGAUCUGCACCAUUCUAAACGGGCAACAGCCCCACCAGACUGGACCUCAUUCAGUGUGGACAUCAGGCAAAUGGGGGUUGUAACACAACUUGCGCUUAAAAUUGUAACCUUAUUGAGGCAGAUGCGACUACCCCAGGAAAGUCCUCCAUUUUGUCACUCUAUAAUUAAAAUCAUUCUCUUCAUGUGAAUUAUUUUACCCAGUAAGACAACCCUGUUCAUGAGACUGUAACAAAUAGGCUGUAUCAUGUGGCUUUGUGCGAUAAGCAGUUAUCAGCACCAGUGAACCUUGGCUUUUACAUACCUGGAGAAAGAAAACAUAAGCAUGAUGAAAUUGUAACACUAUCAUGUCAUCAGUCAAGCACUGGCCUGACUGGAGAUUUCUUUGUACAGAACAAGCUGAAGGGAUGUGGAGGGAACACCUUAUAUAAGGCUCUGUAUUACAGAUUCAUUCAUCUCUGUGUUUACCUUCCCCAUUGUAUUAAUACACGCUUUAUUUUUUUUCCACCAAUUACAAUUACAUUUACCAUUUCUGCUGCAAAAAGCUUUAACUCCAUAAGUCUAUUUUUGUUAUUCAGCUUAAUCAGAUAAUUAUUACACCUCAAAUGAAAAUAAAAGAUAUAGAAAUCUCAAACUCAAACUCAAAUUCUUGAUAAUGAAACAAACCGAGAAACCCACAUCAGGCAGUAACUCACCUUAUUAUCAUAAUCAGCAUUCAAACACUUUUAGUUCAGAUAUCAGAAUUUUCUUGUUUGCUCUACACAAAAUUCACAGCCUAAGUAUUAAUAGUCAGCUAAAAGAAGUCUAUAAACUUUCAAAACUUCCAAAAUUGUACAAUUAUAAUUUAAAGGGUACAAGAUUUUUGUGUUAAAACAUUGUCACAAGAUAUGUUGACUCUCCCUCUACCUGUGUUCAUAGUCCUUAAUUCUAUACAAUUCUAUACAGCGUACAGAGUAUGACACAACGACACUCUGUACCAAAACAUUGUACAGCUGUACAAUAAUUCAAGCUCAUUAUGUACAAUAAUUGCCACAGCCAAUGACGUUUCAAUGUCAGCUUAUUCACAAAGAAGGGGGAGGUAUAAACAGUGUUGUGGUUUGAGGGUGUUUGUUCCUGCAAUUCCUCUCUUGACUGUUAGGAGUCCGAAAUGACCUAUUGUACCAUGAAUUACACUUCAGUGUACUUGGGAGCAUGCCAGUUUCUUUUAUUAAAUACAUAUUUUAUGUUAUGAUAGAGGGAGGAGACAUUAAAAUGUAUUUUUUGUUGAUUUGUACUCUCCUGGAACUGUCAGACUGUUGAUUUGUGUCAUGGAGGUUUUGUCCAAAUGUAUUCUGAAGAACAACAUGUAGACAGCCAGAAUUUGUGUAUUUUAUAAUGAGUUUUACUCCUAAAAUGUACUUGAGACAUUGCUUUUUAUACAGUGUGGUGUUGUAAGCCAGUAUGCAGGAAAAAUAAAAAUAAUUCACAUUUCA